CGUAAAUAGGCAUGUCCACCGGCAAGUGCGUGUUGUUUUUGACGAUGUUUAGUUCAUGAUUUAGCAUAGAAUUAUCUAGUCACUGCUUGCUGUUUUAAGGAUGGUGUUAAUGAAAUACUGAUCUUGGAAAAGCCCUUGUCCACUCCUGCCUGGAUUUACUUGCAAGUAAUGAUACUCAUGUUGUGAUCUCCCAGGCCAUCAGUCCCCAUCGUCAUGUCCAAAUCAUCUGAGGAGGUGCUGCUCAUUGUCAACCAUGUACGACAAAAGAAGACUGAUGGAACUCUGUAUCUCAUGGGCACCCGCUUGGCAUGGAUGCCGGGGGGGAAGAGCUCUUUCACUAUCAGUCACAUGUAUGCCAACAUUAAAACGCAGAAAAUUUCCCCAGACACAAAAGAUAAAGUGCAGUUGCAGCUGGUGAUGCAUGAUGGUGGUGCAAACACAUUCCACUUCAACAACGCCGAGGGCCGGUCAGCACAGAUGCGGGAUCGCGACAGUGUCAAGGAGCUGCUCCAGCAACUGCUGCCUAAGUUCAGGAUGAAAAUAAGCAGUGAACUUGAGGAGAAAAACAGAAUGCUGCAGGAUGAUCCGGAGUUGUUUCAGCUGUACAAGGACCUGGUGGUCAGUCAGGUGAUCUCGGCCGAGGAGUUCUGGGCAUCACGUGCUCACAAAUUUACAAACAAUACAAGCAAGCCAGAGACUAAGCAAGUUGUUGGAAUUUCUCCUGCGUUCUUGGCAGAUAUCAAGCCUCAAACGGACGGCUGCAAUGGUCUCAAGUACAACCUCAAUGCUGAUAUCAUCGAGUCUAUCUUCAGGACAUAUCCCAUGGUGAAGAGGAAGCAUGCUGAGUAUGUGCCCCACAGGAUGACUGAAAGUGAGUUCUGGACCAGGUUUUUCCAGUCGCACUACUUCCACCGAGAUCGUACGCACACUGGCACGAAGGACCUGUUCUCUGAAUGUGCCAAGAAUGAUGAUGAAGACAUGAAGGAGGAGAUUAGCCGCAAUGUAUCGGACCCACUCAUUGAUCUGUCCCGGAUCAGAGACACGGCCAUAGAGGAGGGUUAUCGAGGAAUGAUUGAGGAUAGUCGAAAGAGCAAUAAUGUCACUAACUUGUCCAUGAUCCGACGCUUCAACCAUCACUCCACGAUGGUUUUACGGGCAUGUGAAGUCAGUACCAGCAGCAUCUCCCUGGAUGAUUCCACAAAGACCAGUAAUGGGGAAUGCAGUGUUCAGAACGGCGGCUCUGCUGGUCCAGAGGCAGCCACACCUUCUACCAGUAAAGAUUCUUCAGGAGAACCUGUCAAUAAGAAGCGGAAACUCCAGGAGAAGCUUGAGUACUCAGACCUGCAGAAUGACUUGAUAACAAACCAUGUGAACCUGAGACUGGGGAAAAUGGAGCGCUACCUGCACGGCCCCACUCCUGUCAUGGCUGCUAAGUACACCACCAGUGAGAAUGUGAUGCAGGCGCUACAUGCUGUUGGGGAGGAGAUCCAGCACUGGAACCCCCAGCUCACUCAGGUACUCCCCGGGGGCCAGGCGAUGAGCAUACUCAGUGAACUCUCACCAGGGGGCACUCUCAUGCAGGGCACCAGUCAGCAGCAGUUACACCAGAUGAUUCCCCGUGAUGUCCAGGAGGAAAUCAAACAGCAAUACAACGCUCUCUGUGAACUCCUGAGACACUUCUGGACAUGUUUCCCUCCAUCGUCAAAGUUCAUCGAGGAGAAGAUAGGGAAAAUGAGGACAACUUUAGAAAAAUUCCAGCUCACCAAGCUUAACCCACUGAAGGACAAGCUAGCAUCAUACCAUUACUCUGUGAAUCUGUGCGGGCACAUGGAGGAGAUGCUACAGGCUGCCUACAACAAGUUUGAUGCCUGGCAGGCCAAGAAGCUGAGUCGCAGAUGAGACGGACUUCUUCUGCCUUGUUUACGGCUUUUAUUUGGUGCUAAUGUCAGACAGUGCAAACUGCAUCCAUCAAGACCUGCCCAGGGUCAGAGCAGAGUGGACCGUGAAUCAUAUACAUUGACAGCACUCGGUGCUAUAGUCCACCAUUGUGUGCACUGUGUAGUGCUCCUCAUCACCACUGUGUGGGUAACACAGUUGUAGGAAAGAGGUGGAACUUUCUGUGGAUAUCAGCAUGAUUGGAAAGAUAUCAGUAUUUAUUUGUGACAGAAGACAUGAGGACAUGUGCUGUGAUGAGAAUUGGCGAAAACCCGAUUUUGUGCCUUGGACAAUUGGUGGUCUUUUCGAGGCUUGUAUGAACAGCUGUGCAGAGCUGUAUGGUUGGUGUGCCAGGUCUGAGUUUCCCCCAUGUAAACCGCUCAAAUCCCCACCGACAAGUAGGGCACUGGAGGAAAAGAUGGAGGAAAUUGACUCCAUGGUUAAAAGGUGAAGAUGAAGAAAUUUGCAAGGAGACAUGAGAAACGAGACACGCUGUGGUGUGUUGAAACAGAGACUCCAGCUUGAAGAGUCAUCACUUGUUUUGUGUAACCAUAGUGAUGGUGACUGGUGAGAAGGAAGCCUGGGGUUGGUGGAGCUCACUCUGUAUCCAGUAUUAUCAUAGCACCAGAAACGUGGAGUCGCUCCUUCACAGGCGUACCACAAAAUGACAUCGUACAGGGAUGCUUCAUACUGAUAGAAGCGUGUUGAGGUGUACAAGGGCUUUGCAGUGUGCACUAGAUUAGCAGAGUUGAUGGAGAAACAUAGCCUGAUGUAUCAGUUGAUCCUGCAGAAUCAUCUUCUGUCCCUACAGAGUAAAACUACAUAGUCUACGGCUGGUAUUGGUAGCAGAAUGUUUGGUUCAUGAGUCUCUUCAAAGAAGUGAAAAUAUGACAAUGAUCAUGUGUCUAUUUUUCAUAAGAUUUUAAAAGUAUUUUCAACUCCUGAAGUUAGAUCAUGAUUCAUAUUGAGUAUGAUCAAGAUCAUAUAAGGUCAAGUAGGUUUGGCCAAAAAUGUCCCAUUAGCAAUAAGCGAUAUGACAUCACAAUGCUUUGUUGUUGAGAAAAAUACAAUAUGACCAUGAUGACAUCACAAUUUGACAUCAUGAUGUCAUUUAAACAAUAGGCUAACAUCAGUGGAGUUUCUCUGUAGGGUUCAUAUUUUAUGUUUUCUUACUUUUCUUUCUUUAAGUGACAAUGAGUAAUAAAUAGAGUUACCAACUGGGAAUUAUAGAUGUCCUGUCCCUUGUGAAUGAAUGAUGUAAGUGGCCAUGGAUUGGCUUUUAUUCCAAUGGGAGGGAUAUUGUGGAAUUCCUUGUAAGCUGUAACUGAUUGGAUAAUAUUGUGCUUAUGUUCAAUAUGUGCACAGAGGUAGAUAUUCCAGCUGCUAUAUGUUGUUCUUGCUUGUAGAAAUACUGUUUGUAAGUAAGCACUGUAUGCCAGGAGUCCAAAAGUCACCAUUUUUGUGAGUAUUAAUUACUGAUGAUUUGUGAAUGUGAUAUGUCUUCAAACAUACACACCACCCUGGACAGUGUAGUAGGACAUGCCUGGACAACAUUGCACAAUUAACAGUAGGGAAAAGUAUAGUUUUCUCCCAGUUGUUAGUUUAGGCUUUAUGAGACGUCUGUAGCUGUUUUUAUGGACCAAAGAAAUGACAUAUUGACUGAGGACAAAUUAAGUCUGAGGUCAGUCAUUUUCCUGUCCAUAAAAACAAGUAUUGACCUCCUGUAAAGUUUAUAAUUGUUUUAUUGUAUAACAGAGACAAUAACAAUAUAGAACAAUAUAUAACAAUAUAUACUCAUCCUUUGAAUUUGGUUGUUGGAAUAAUUUAGUGCAUUUCUUGAGAAGACAAAAAUGAGAGGAAUGUCCCUAUUAUCCAACAUGACCUAACUUGACAGCUGCUUGGUGUGUGUAUGAUCAUGCAUAUAGUUUCCAUAACUUGAUAAUAAAAUCAACUCGAUGCCCUUGUUGUAAGGUCAUAUUAAGAUGAAACAUCAUGAAGAAUACCUUGUAUGUCCUACAUUCUACCCAAGCAAGUCGCCAUCCUGCAGAUUGUUGGGGUGCUCGGCACUACAUAUGUAUAAUGCAGUAAACAUAUCACCGUGGAGAUCGCAAGGUCAGUAAUCUUCAGUGCGGACAGAUUCUCACUCUCCAUCCAAUAUAUUAAUAUGCGAAUAAAAUGCUAACGCCAUGGCUGCGCUAGCUACAGUAGCAUUAGGUGGUUCCAGCAGACAGGUUUGGAGAAUACCACCUCAUGUAAUUUCCAUUCUAUUUUUAGUAACUCUAAUCAAUACCUUAAAUUAUCAGACCUGACAUGGGGUCAAGAAUUGUUUCUGUUGAAUGACUCCUGACUGCAACUAGGCCAAUUGAUAUGGUGGAAACUUUGUAUUAUGUGAUAAUUUUAAUUACGUUUUUCAUUUAAAAACAUAUUAUCAUUUUUAUUGACACAACAAUUAAUGAGGAUCAGUCAUGUGGUCAUGACAGAAAAUAGGCAACAACGGUAUAGAUAGGAAUUCACUGGCCACAAUGGUGGGAGGG